AUGAGGAAGUUGACGGACAGCAAGCGGCGCCACAGUGGCUCCUCGAUGUGGAAAAAGGAUUCCGAAUCGGACGAUGACGAGAACACCAUUUGUAGCUGUGCGGCCAUCAAAAGAAGUGUGGUUUACUACCUGAAAAAUAGCACGCUCCAUGGAUUGAAGUACCUUGCGGAGGAGAGCAUCACCAUUCCAGAGAGGGUCUUUUUCGGCAUUUCCUUUGUGCUGGUGGUGAUCCUGUCCGUGUUUUUCAUAUCCAACGUUUACGUGAAGUGGAGCGCCUCGCCCAUAAUAAUUUCGACCAGUGCCAAGCAAAAGUUGACCAGUAACAUGCCCUUCCCGGCGAUCACGAUCUGUAAUCUCAACCAGGCGCUGCUCAGUCAAGUGAAUCGCAUCGGCCGCACCAGCACCAAUUUCUCCCUGCUGAUGGGUCUGUGCGACCAGGGCGGGGAUACCACCAUCUCCUACAUCGGCACCUGGAAGUACUUCAAGGCGAUCCUGGUGGAGGUGGCCCAGCCGUGCGAGAAGAUGCUGCUCUAUUGCAGUUUCGGUUCGCGGGAGGAGGAGUGCUCCCUGCUCUUCAACUCCAUUCUAACGGAUGACGGUCUGUGCUGUAAUUUCAAUGCCCUCGAUCCCUCGUACCUCAUCCGGAACUAUAGCGACGAUGUGAGGUGGGAGCCGGCUCAGCCGAAUUCCCGCUAUGAGCCCAUCGACUGGACGCCGGAGAAGGGUUACGCCCGCAAGUUACCCGAGUUCUACUAUCCGCGCACCUCGGGCGGCACGGGAAUCCGGAUGGGGCUCACCGUGGCGCUAAACGCCUCCAUAGCGGAGUACUACUGCACCAAGUCCAUGAGUGUGGGCUUUAAGGUCCUCGUUCACAAUCCCGCCGAACUGCCGAAGGUGAGCAAUUAUGGUUUCGUUGUGACCGCCGGACGAGAGGCCAGGAUACCGCUUGAGCCUGUCUACGAGGACGCCCUGCCCUCCAUACGAUCCAUCAAGAAAUCGGUGCGACGCUGCCUCUUCUCGGAUGAGAAUGACCUGACCUACUACCGGACGUACUCCCGCAAGAACUGCGAGCUGGAGUGCGAGGCCAAGCUGCUGCUCCGCGAGUGCAGCUGUGUGCUGUACUACCUGCCCCGGAUGGAUCCCAUGGCCAGGGUGUGUGGACCCAACGACAAUCAGUGCACGGAUCGGGUUCAGACGGAGAUCGAGUCCUCGCUGACGAACCUAUCCUGCGAAAGCUGCUGGCCGGGCUGUUUCGAGCUCACCUACAAGGCCACCCUGUCCACGGCAUCGAUCGUCUCGGAUCCGCGGUUCCAGGCCGGGGAGAAUCUGCCCGACUACAUCUUCCACGGACCGUAUAGCAAUGCCAGCGAGAUCUCCAUUCUGCACUUCUACUACAUGACCAAUAUAUUCCGCAGCACUACCAAGUCCGAGAUGUUUGGCUUUACCGAAUUUCUGUCUAAUACUGGCGGCCUUUUGGGUCUCUUCAUGGGCUUCAGCAUAUUUUCCGUGAUCGAAGUCUUUUUCUAUAUCACAGUCCGUCCCUACUGCGCCUCCCGGACUCUCCGGCAGCGCCACAAGCGUCGCCUGGAGCAGCUUCGUUGGCUGACUCCGGUCCGGUUGCCCGGCCGUAGGAUUCUCCGGCGCAAUCGUGGGGGUCUUCCCCGGAACCCGCCGCCGCCCGCCUACAGCGAUCUGCAGAAAAGCCGCGGAAAAGUGGGAAAACCGGACCCAAACAAGAGGAGUCUCUGGCAGACGCUGCAUGUUCGCACAGUGGACCGGGUGGAUGUGGAACCACCCGUCUAUCCCUACCUGGAUUAA